AUCAAUUUCAUUGAUAGUUUCAAUCUUCCUUCUAUCGAUUUCGUGUCUUCCGCGAAACUCCGGGAAAAUCAGGAAGAAACGAACGACAAGCUAAAUUGCCGUUAAGGUUAAAUCAAUUCGGAGAAAACUACUCGUUACCCGUUUGCAUUGUCCGGAAUAAUGCCUGCAGGAAGCAAGUAAGUUCACGGCGAAUUCAGGCACGUUCGACACGCCGUGUCGGAAGAACGUCCUCUCGUUAGAAAGCAUCCGCGGUCCACGCGCGUCGACACACGUGAUUUAGCGGGAAAAGUUCGCGGAUCGUGCGGCACGAAGCGAAUCGGCAUCACCUUUCUCCGGUAAACUCUCUAUCGGUCGCGAACGAAUUGGAAGGAAAUGCGCGGCUAAAUAAUCGCCCGUCUAGCACAUGUUAAAAGAAAAUUUCAGCUGCUUCUUUUUUUUUUCCUUUCCUUUACCGAGGUAUAUUGCGCGUUCGAUUCUCUCGGCGGCACAAGUUGCGGUAUGCAGGACAGUAGGUCGCCGUCUCAGUAGCGGUAGAGACCAGCAGUCUCUUCUUCUUUUCUCCUUCUCCUUUUUUUUCUUCUUCUUUCUUCCUCCCGCUCCUCCAAUCGCCGGGCGGAUCAUAUCUUUCCCGAACGGCCCGUUCGUGACUGUCCUUCUCUCUUUUAUCUCAAAGAGAAGCCGGGAACUCGUUAAAACACGAGCCUCUCUAACGGACGCAUCAAUAAUACCAUCAAAAUGUUUCCCGUAGAUGCGAAUAACAAUUUUCAUAACGUUCAAGAACGAGAACGGAGAUGUCCGUGCGUAAAAAGAUACAGAGAGUAUUUUCGCGUCAUCGUCUCGACGCGGCUGCUUUGUACUAAUUCGCAUUCAGAGUCAUUUGUCUCCCGCAGCCGGUUUUCCCUUCUCUUCCGCUUCCGUUGAACGACGCGCCAGUCGAGAAGGUUCCCUCUUCCUGUAUUCACAACUUCACGGAUACCACUGUAGAACAGAUGGCUCCUGCUCAUUCUCAGCUUAGCGCAUCUACCUUUCUAUGCAUGUAUGUUCUUUCACUCUUCCUGUCGCUUUCUCUCUUGCUCACGCACUCACUCACAGACCUCACUUUGUGAUCCUCGCCGGAGUCUGUCUCUUUUUCUCUCGUUCUCCUUUUUGCUCUUUCUCCGACCAUCCUCUCCUUUCAUCUUGCACUUUACCUCACUCCCCGUUCCUUUAUCUCACAUGCUUGAUGCUCAUACGAGCAUCGUUUGGGCCUCGCAAGAGACCCUCCACUCUUCUUCCACCACCAAUCUCUGAACCAGGUCUUUACGUAUCUCUGAAGACGGACGACGAUUUCGUUACUUGCAUUCGCGGCCGACAUGUCGCAUCAUCCGAAAUUUUCCAGCAAAAACACGAAUUGGUAUCAUAAACCCGGCGUGUACCGGUUUUAAGUAAGUGAGCGAACGUGUUCGAUCUCGCGUUACAAGUUCGCGAUAUGCUGUGAACGUGUGCUUCGCUGUGAAAAUCCCGAAUCGUGAGAUCCGAGAUCGUUCUCGAGCAGAGAUGACCCUUCGCGAAAAUUGAGUCUCGGAAGGAAAUUUAUCCGCAAUGUGGAUAUUUCAAAUUUAACGAUCGGAAGAUGCUCGUCGUUGCUAUCGCAAUAUUUUCGCAUUCUCGUUUGAUGCGCCAGCGAGAUUAUACACCGCAGUUCCGAGAUCCAAUGCAUCAUGCAUGGGCCUUCCAUUUCUGUUGCUAUAGAGUGUCACAUCACUACCAACAAAUAUUUUAUUCCACCGGGAUUGCGCAGCAAAGGAUAUACAAGAAAGCUGUCGCAGCAGAAAAGUCCAGCUUGGCUCGCGCAGAAGUGGGCCGGUCAACCCUGAGGCUGUAGGCCAGUUCGUAUUAAGUACUCGAGGACCAGGCGGAAGGAAAUUCGCAAGAAAGAGUGCCGAAAGAAGGAGCGAGAAGGAAUUUUGCUAGAGAGAAGAAAAGAAAGCCGAAAGAUCGUCGGCCGGCUUGGAGCAUCUUAUGAUUAAAAACGGGGAUCGUAAGAGAGAGAAAUCGUCCUAAAGAUCGAUCAACGUGUGCGGGCCGCCGAGAUAAUUGCGUGACGAUAAUGAGACUGGCUUAGAGAUACCGGCGUCGAUGUCGAAUAUCAUGAUUUAACAAGUGAAGAAACGAGGUUGAGAGACUCGGUGAAUACAAAAGCGUCUGCGAAUCAAGAAUGAAAUGUUCCUGCCGGCUGUUUCUGAGCGGAGAAUUGCGAGGAGCAAUUCGUGUGAGAGAGAAUAGUGGUUAGAAAAUUAGACGCCGCUCUGCCUUGAGGCAGCUUACGUUUCUGCCGGAGACCAGACGUGCGGAAAAUCGCGAGGGAGAGAAAGAAAGGGGCUAACCUCGCCAAGGACAAAGUGAAGUCAAAGCGAAGAAAAACGAAGGGUCGAGCGAGAGUAAUCAGCACGCGUCGCUCUAAUGGAUACGAUUAUAAAAAGAGUCAAUUUUUAAAUAAUAUUAUCUUAUCGUAGCGAAGAUGUUUCAUUUGUACAUCCAUUACGGAAUCUAAAGAAAGAAAAAUCUUUUCAUUUUAGAUGUUGUAUUUCCACGCAUCAGAAAAAAUGUGUAACAAUUAAAGAAAUAAAUUUGAGGAAAGAGAAAACUAAACUGAUUAAACAUGUUUUAAUUAGUAUACAUUCAGAUAUGCAAAACCAUAUAAUCAAAGAAUAAUAUUGACGUAGAAAUGAAAAUAUUUAUUCAAAUGGAAAUAGCAUUAGAAGAGAAAUUAUAUUAGUUUAUUUAUUUAAGAGAAAUUAACCAUGCAAUAUGAAUGAAGAACCUGUUCUCGUCUUGCAAGCAAGCAAGUAAUCUUAGAAAUCACUUUCUCAAUAAAUGACUCUGAAGAUCUACAUACUAAGUAAGGCGUAUUCGAAAUUUUAAUCAGAAUUAUUAAACUAAUCGAUGACGACACUCGCACAAUCGUGAAAUACUUAUAAGUAAAAACUUUAUGAAAAUCAAUAAUUCCUCUGUGAAAAGAAGGGCAAAACGCUCAUCAUACAGAAGACUCGAAAUCGAUUUGACAAAAGGAUUGCGAGGGUAGCUUAAGGGCACGCAAGUAGAUUGACAAGAGCCAUCAUUGCGCCAGACUCACCUUCGAAUACAUCGUAAAAAGUAUCAUAAUUUGUGGAAGAAUACGAGAGGUGGGACGACGAUCCAGAGUUCACGGAGAUGCGUGGUUGAUAGGUCAAAGAUCGCAUCGGGGACAGAGAGAAAGGAUCGUGAAAGUUACGAAGCAUAAGGCAGAAGAAAAACCGACCUGGAGGAGUGGAUGUCUCAGAGUGGUGUGUUCCGGAGUCGGAGGGACCAUCGUAAAGGUGAUUCUCGAAUGACGUUUUUAACCCCUGUCCCGCGAGGAGAAUAAAUAAAUAGGCGAAUUCAACGCCUACGCCUCGAAGGGAGAUAGGUGUUAGGAAAGUGAGGCGGCCAAGUGGACGAAGAUGAGCAGGCAAAGUGUACCACUCCCCGGCAUCAAUUCCUGCGAGAGGAUCAGGCCGGAACGACCCAGAAAUACGAUACAGAGGUUGGUAUGGGGUCCCGGAACGCAGUUCCAAGUCGGCCAUAUCGGCAUCCCGGAGGAUGAGGGCUCGAAUCCGCGGAUGGCGCUGAGAAGAUUGCUGAGGUUGUACGAGGGCAGACAAUACAGGGAGGCGGCCGGCUUCCUGAUGAAACUACCGCAUUACACCCUGAAGGCUGCACUGCCGGAUAUUCCGGUGGACCUGUUGAUCGAAACGCUACCGCACAGCCUCACCUUACUCGAGGCGCUCUAUUCCCGAUUAGUCGAGUUGAACGUCAGCGACACGAAGACUCUGCGGAUCGAGCAGGUCCUUUGGAGGAUAGUGCAUCUGAUAUCGACCAGUCAGGAUCACUUCCGACCGCGGAUCUGGUGCAAACUUCUCGUGUCAUUGAACAGAUUAUCGCCCAGCACGAAGAGCACCCUGCUAUCGAGAAGACGCGCUCUGGAGAGGGCCGUGGAAGGACUUGGCAAGCACGGAUUAGUGCCCUCGCAGACGAACAUCUCCGAGAAUUCCGUUACGCCAAAUCUAGUGCCGCUGCCGGUGGCGCUGAAAGAGGAGCUCGAGACGCGAACAGAAGCAUACAAAUUGGCCCUGCACAAAAUCGAGAACUUCGGCAAGCAUUCUGGGACCAAUAAAGCGGAUCAAGGUGUACAGGCGGCCUCGCAUCAGCGGCAGCUUUCACUGAAGUACAGCGAGAUCCAGCAGCGGCUGAUCGAUAAUCAGAGUCUGCUGAACACCUUGGAGAAAGCGGGUGGGCCGUGUAGCUUGGAGAAUCUACUAGCGGAGCUGAAACGCCGGGUCGAACAGGAUAAGGAGGCGCUCCGACAAUGGACGGCCUUGAGGAAAUCGACCUCUGGACCGGCGAACACGAAGAAUCCGGCCCUCGCCGCCAGACUGUUGCAGUUUUCGAGGGGCUGCGCGCUCGCCCUGCAGUUUAUGAGCGAGGAUAAUCCACAGGUAUUCCAUCUGGAUGAGAAUCUCGGCGACGACUACGAGGAGGAGUCCAGCAGCGCCGGCUACCACACGGACGAGAGUUGCAGCCCAACACCGGAGCCGGUUGUGACGGGCAGCAACUGCGAGGUUCUCAGCGUAGAGGAAAAUUGCUCAGACUUAACCUCGGCAAAUAUCACGGUGGAACAACUCGCUGAGAGAUACGGCGCUCUUUACGCCCAGGCCAACUUGCAUACCCUGGAUGCAUUGGAUGCACUGGAGUCUCUUAAGGACGCCUCCGAUUUGAAAGCAAAGAUUCUUUACUCGGUAGUUGUGCUUUCGUGGCGUCUAGCUGGCAUGGUUCAGACAUCGCGGCGCCUGGAGGCCUUGAAGAUCCUAAACGGCGCGGCAGCGGCUCAGACGGCCGCGGCGACUCCGGAGCUCGAGGAAUGCAUAAAAAGGCAACUGGCCACUUCCGGGGCACAGACCGGUUCUCGCGAAGUCGCCGAACAGGUGGUCAGCCAACUGGAGAGGACACUGUACGACUUUCCAUGUCUGCGUGGCUGCACCGAGGUCAAGAAUUACGCCACCUCGUGCUCCACUUUGGCCUGGGCGUGCCUGGCACGUUCCACGCCGCUGGUGCUCGAUGCGGCGCAAAGUCUAGAAUUCCGUCGAGAGGUACACGUGAGACAUCACGCCUCCCCGAAUCCACAUGGGACCAGAAUCAGAUCGGUCCUGUGGCCAGGACUUCGCGAGGGCUGUCAAGGUCCUUGCCUUCACAGAGCCGUCGUAUUGACCUGCUGAGGUACUAAAGUACUACGAUUUUUUU